AUGUCACAGCAGCUUCCCUUCCCUUCCUCCACCGCGUCGCCACCGUCGUCGUCCCAACAUCUUCACCAUCGCCAGCUCCAUCAUGCGACGACGACGACGACGACAACCCCCGCCGAGCCAACUGCCCCUGGUGCCGCCAUCUCCGCCGUAGCCAGGAGCACGUCUCCCCCUCCCUCUCGGCUCCCUCAUCCUGGUUCUGCUGCUUCUGCCGAGGCAUCUUCCCAUGCGGGCAGCGCGGCUCAGGACGCCAAUGCCGACAGCGCGAAUGGUAGUAACCACAAUAGAAGUAACAGUUCCGGCCCAGCCCAGUCACAGCACAAACGCGUCUACCAAGCCUGUAUCCCUUGCAGACGCCGCAAGGUUCGCUGCGAUCUAGGCAGCGUUGACAACCCUCAUGACCCCCCUUGUAUGCGCUGCCGUCGCGAGAGCAAGGAGUGCUUCUUCAGCGCCACGCGCCGUAAGCGCAAGAACGAUGAUGACGCCGAGGAGUACCAGGAUGAGUACAUCAUCCGCAAUGGCCGGAAGCGCCACUAUCUCGACGGCACACCUCCCGUCGCCACCGAGGAGGAGCGGACGAAGCCUUUCAAUCCUGUGCCCUUGACGCCCGGUGGCUCCGUGGGCAGGAAUCAGCCCCUCAGACGCACUGAUGGCAUUCACGAUAUCCACCCUUCCGCUACUGAUGACCCGCGCCGCGCCAGCUAUGCAGAAUCUGUAGAAGAUUCUAAUGCCCAGUUGGAGAAUCUCGAGGCCCAGAAUGUGAUGAGGAAGGGCAUGUAUGGGCCUCAUGAUGCGCUCGAUCUUCUAUACAAGGCUGCUACCGAUAAUCCACAUACGAUACAGACCCAUCAAGAAGCUACUCCUACUACGACUAUCACGCCAACCAUACUUCAGCCUGCUUCUCUAGCCUCACCACCUGGACGGAAGACCACUCAUAUCCAGGCUCCCAUUCGUGAUAGUCGACCACAGAUACGGACUGCUAAGUCGGCGGAUCCUAUCGACCCACGUUUAUUACCUUCUGACACCCAAGAUGAGAAAGCUCAGAUCGAAGCCCGCCUCAAUGUUGAACACGAACCUGGUUAUCGGGAGGCCCUUGGUGCCUGGGCUAGGUUUCGAUUUGUUCGAGCUGGUUGGUUCACCAAGGAGGAAGCCAUCAAAUAUAUUGUAUACUACUAUGAGUAUCUAUCUCCUAUGACACCGGUCUCUCCACCUACAUUUCGUAGUCCUGGAUCUCAUAUCACUCUACUAACCGAGGAGCCCAUCCUUGCGGUUACCUUGCUCACCAUCGCGUCGAGGUAUUAUAGCAUCACUACCACGGGAGGUCAUUGCCGGUCACAUGCCAUCCAUGAAGAGCUUUGGAGGUAUCUCCGGAGAAUGGUUGAAAGAUGCCUGUGGGGUCAAGAGGCUUUUGGUGGAGGCUUCUGCGGAUCGGGUGCGGAUGAUUCCCAGACCUCAAGUACAGCGCCGUGGCGUGGCUUGCGCAAGGGCAGUUUGCGAACGCUAGGCACUAUUGAGUCACUCAUGAUUCUAACUGAAUGGCACCCUCGAGCCCUUCACUUCCCGCCCGAGGAGGCUAUCGAUGAGCUUAUGCUUCCGUCCCGUGACCUCCGUAUGUCGAUUUCCGGGGAAGAUGACGCCGCAGCACGACCCGGUGGUAAUGUUGGUGGGCAGAGAAUUGAGAGCUGGCUUGAACCCGCAUGGAGAAGUGACCGCAUGUGUUGGAUGCUGCUCAGCAAUGCUCUGGGUCUAGCUUACGAAUUAGGCGUUUUCGAUGAUAUUGAUGAGCUACUAGCCGCUAACGCCAUCACACGACCUGAAUAUGAAGAUGAGGCGUACCGUCUUCGCGCGAUGCGCAUCAAACGACUACUUUUGAUAUACCUCACACAGCUGGCCGGCCGUCUUGGUUGGACCAACAUGGUACCAGAGAGCAUCAGGACUACGGAUCCUGUCUUCUCUAAUAACAGACGUCCGGUUACUAAUGAGGGUACGACGCCUGGAACUAAUCCAUCUGUGCUCUCAAACACUUUUAGCUAUGUACCUGACGUCGAAUUAGAUGACCAAAUCAUCCAGUGUUGGGUCGGCGUAAGCAAUGCCAUGCAUCUAGGAAAUGAAAGAAUUUUCAAGUCUCGAAAACACACAACCGAGAUAAUACAGAGCGGCAGGUAUACUAGCAUACUCAAAGACUUUCAACCUAUCCUACGAGAGUGGUGGCGCGAGUUCGAGCGAUUCCGUCUUCCCGAGUUUACGCGUCACAUUCUAAUUAUCGAGUAUGAAUAUGUGCGGAUAUAUAUCAACUCGCUUGCGCUGCAGGCCGUCGUGGAACGAUGCACAACGAAUGCAACGGGCGCCUCUUCCACUAACAACGGCCCUCAUGGCACUCGUGCACAUGGGAAUUCUGAGUUAUCACCGCAGACACAAAAUUACCUAGGCAACUUACCAAUUGGGCACCUAGGUGGAUUCGGCGCAGAGGACCAAGAAUAUAUAAGAGAAGUCGUUUCAGGUUGUAGGAGCCUGCUGCGAACCGUUGUAGAUGGUUUAUUCAAAGGCGGCUAUCUCAAACACGCCCCCGUUCGUACAUACUUCCGAAUCAUCAGCGGGGCCAUGUUUCUCCUCAAGACGUUUGCGCUUGGCGCACCCAAGUCAGACGUCGAGACCAGCAUCAGCCUACUGGAUAGGACUGUGCACGCGCUGCGGACCUGUGUUGUAGACGACAUUCACCUAGGCACACGAUUUGGUGACUUGCUCGAAUCACUCACGACACGACUUCGAGAUCGUUUCAAGUUCGCCGCUACCACUGCUGUAGAUGGGAAGAACUCGGUGCCUAACGGCGAUUUCGGCAAGGCUCGUAGCAUCAACGGCCACUUGGCGCCAAUAAGCAUGGAGAAUGGAUUUUCAAGCCAUGGCGUCAAAUUGAGGGAUGGUCUCUUAGUACCGGAACGCUCAUCGACUCCCUCGGGCAAUAUCUCAGCCACGCCCUUCGACAUAUCCUCCGGAAACUUCCAUUUCCCCGUCGGCAACGCGAACAUGUUCGGGGCGGGGCUCAACCAGGCUUCUUCCUCCAGCGGCGUAUUGGACUCCUCGUCUGCCGCGGCGACAGGUCUCAGUGAUAAUAUAUUCGAGCCAGGCGCAGACUGGACCACGGACGAGAUGUGGUAUCUCCCGCCCGGCGCGGGCCUGUUCCAGAACGUGGGGGAGAACUCCAACGUCACUAUGACGGACCAGGGCGUCAAUGUCGGCGGGAUCGACCUGCUCGAGUUCAUGGCUAUGGAUCCGCCGAACUUUAAUAAUCUUGAUACUGGCGGAUAUUAG